AAUGAAUCAAUCCACUAACCAUUCCCCAAAGAAGCAUGCUUUAAAGCCUUGAAGCAAGUAUUUGAAGCUUGUUUUCCAUACCUGGGAAAACAGCGAGUUAAAGGCUAACACUCUAUAUGGCCUUCUAGACUAUAGAGACAAAAAGAUUAAACAAAAUGAAGUGGUUGCUAAGCCAAUUUCUCAAGUUUUCGCUCAGAUUGGGAAUGAUAUUAAGGCGUUUGAUACAAUUCCUGAAGCUCUGGAUAUGAAGAACCUUCUCAUAGAACAAGGUGAUGUUGGUGAUGUCCAAUUCAACUUCUUGUUCUGAAUACUUUUAAGACGAAAUGGCUUAAAUAUUUACAGUUUCAAUCAGUUGUUGGUGAUUCUUAAAUACUUAGAUUCGAUUAAAAGCUUGCAAGAAUCUCAUCCUGAGCUUUAUAAACUAUUUGGAGAAUGAAAAGAUAUUGAAAAUUUAAAAGAGAUCCUCGAGUUAGUAGAAGUGGAGAACUCAUCAAAAGAUCUAUGGAGAGUAACCAAGAGUGUUAAUUGGAACCGAUCAUGAAGAGAUGAUCAUAUUCGCUCAAGAGGAUUGAAGAUCAAACAAGGAGACAUUAUUAAAUUAGGAAGACUUAAAAUGAAGCUGGUAGAUAUUCAAACUACCAAGGAUAUGCUAAAGAGUAAGAACCAGUGAAGUAAACUAGAUAGCUUUAAAAGCCUUGAAGAAGAAAUUAUCGUUGAGAGAGAUCAUAUUAGCUUAAGAAUUGAAGAUGAACAAGAUACUCUGAUUCCUUGAAGAUUUUGAUUGAGCAGCGAAUCAAAACCUCAUGAUCCUUUGAUGAACCUAUGAAACUGUAAAGGUACUCAAGGAUUCUUACACACUGAGUGUCUCCGGUCUUGGAUGGAGGCCCAGAUGACUCAUGAAAUACUCAAUGAAAAUUCUGAAUUAUAUAAUUGGAGUUCAACAUCCUGAGAGCUUUGCAAAGCCCCUUAUCCUACUAGCAUUGAAUUUAAUGGUAAAACAAAGAGCAUUCUAAAUUAUGAAAAGCCUGACGAGCCAUACUUUGUAUUUGAAAAGUUUGCUCCUGAAGUAUCUAGCGAAAUCACAAAGAAAUCUUUUUACAUAUUCAGAAUUAAAAAUUUGCAAGAAUAUAAAAUAGGAAAAUCUUCUGAGUGAGAAUACAUAUUAGAUGAUGCUUCAGCUUCAAGAUUUCAUGCAGUUAUCGCAUUCGAGGAUCCCAAUUGAAUUUUGCUGAAAGACUAUAAAUCGAGAUAUGGAACACAGCAACUUAUGACAAUCCCACAAACUCUAGACAACAAGGAUUCAGCAAAUAAUGUAUUCCAGAUUGGAAGGACCUGGUGAAAAGUUGAAUUUAAGAAGAAAGAAGCAAAAAGUUCAAUAAACUCGGUAUCAUUUGGCUUGUUCUGAGGAAUUUUUAGUAGAAGAAAGAAACACUAAGAGUUAAAGAAAUUUGAGUAGCUCCAAGAGGUCGGAAACUCUUAUAAGAGAAUAAAUAUCUCCUUAAUUUCAAUAA